AUGGUUGCUCCUACCCUUCUCGGUGGCCUCGUCGCCGCCGCCUUGGUUCCCCUCACCCACGCCGCAGAUGCAGCUGCUAUCAAGCGCCCGGACAUCAAGGUCGGGCCUUUCAAUCCCGGCCGUGUCUACAUGGCUUCCCCCGCGAGGAAGAAGACAUGUGCCGUGAAGCCCGUCGGUGGAGGCGGAGAUGACAGUGCCAACAUCCUGCAGGCCUUCAAGGACUGCAAUAACGGUGGCACUGUUGUCCUGGACCAGACCUAUAACGUCUGCUCUCCUCUGGAUCUCACUUUCCUCAACGGUGUCGAUGUUGCCAUUGUCGGUACCGUCGGAUUUUGCGAUGACAUUGACCACUGGCUUCCGCGGACGUUCAAGUACGCCUUCCAGGGCUCAUCGUCGAUGUGGAAGUUCGGAGGCAAGGAUGUCAACAUCUACGGAAACGGCAUCGGCACACUUCAAGGUAAUGGCCAGAAAUGGUAUGACCGAUUUGCGUCCAACGCCACCCUUGAGAGGCCCAUCCUGUUUGUCGCAGAUGGCCUCAAAGGUGGUUCCAUCACCGGUCUGAAGAUGGUCAAUUCGCCAAUGUGGUUCAACCUCAUUGCCAAUAGCACCGACGUGCUCAUCUCUAAUAUUGAUAUCAAGGUGGGCUCGACUUCGAGCAACCCGGCCAAAAACACAGACGGCUGGGAUACCUACCGUAGUGACGGAGUUGUUAUCCAAAACUCACACAUUGCAAACGGCGAUGACUGUGUUUCCUUCAAGCCCAACUCGACCAACAUUGUGAUUCAGGGGCUUGUUUGCGACGGCUCCCACGGUAUUUCUGUCGGUUCCCUCGGCCAAUAUGUCGGUACCUUUGACAUUGUCGAGAACCUUUACAUCUAUAACACCACCAUGUCCAAUGCCUCGGACGGUGCUCGCAUCAAAGUCUGGCCAGGCAUCGACACCCCCUUCCAGCCUUCCCUUUCCGGAGGCGGUGGUUCUGGAUACGUCAAGAACGUGACUUACGACACCUUCCAUCACUCUAACAACGACAACGCUAUUACUAUUGACCAGUGCUACGGCCAGAAGAACCAGACGCUCUGCAACCAGUAUCCCUCCAACAUGACCAUCAGCGAUAUUUACUUCAAGAACAUGGAUGGCACUGCUUCUAAGAAGUACGACCCGCGGGUUGGAACCCUUGUGUGCAGUAGCAAGGAGAAAUGUCUUAACAUCAACGCUAAGAACAUCAAUGUCAAGACGCCGAGCGGCAAGACGGCUCAGUGGCUGUGCACCAACCUCAACAAUGGUCUCCUUGACAUCAACUGCGUGGAUAAGGUAACUAAGAGCUGA